ACGGAAGUGGGGAAGAUGGCAGCGGUUGAUACAGCUGAGAGCGGUCGCGAGAGCGAGGUUGGUGGCGUCUGUCAGCACCACGCGCAGCAAACGAUAUGCGCCUCGCGCGCUAGGUAUCGUGAAGGGCGCAGGCCACGAGCAGUGAAGGUUUAUACUGUCAAUUUAGAGUCUCGAUAUUUGUUAAUUCAAGGUGUUCCUGCAUUGGGGGUUAUGAAGGAACUAAUUGAACUAUUUGCAUUAUAUGGUACCAUCGAGGAAUAUAAUCCACUAGAUAGCUAUCCAGCGGAAGAUUUUACAGAAGUGUACCUGAUCAAGUUUUUAAAAAUACAGAGUGCAAGGGUAGCCAAAAGAAAACUGGAUGAGCGGAAUUUCUUUGGCAGUUUGCUACAUGUAUGCUAUGCUCCAGAAUUUGAGAGCGUACAAGAGACCAGAGACAAACUAAGAGACAGACGAAAAUAUAUAGCAAAAGCAACCAAUGCCAAAGAGCAAUCACUGGAGACAAAACAGGAUUCUAGUAUACAUUCUUCAAAGAACAUGCAGUUAGAUCAUGGAUCAUGGACAUCUGAGACAGCCAUUAGCAAAUGGAAUCCAGCAACAUAUACAGAGGACCCCUGUCAAUCAUCCUGUUGUACAUUAUCACUGAAACAUGUUAUAUCACCAUCAGAACAGCAUUUUCAGAGUAUGUUAGUAGCACCUCGCUAUACUGGUGACUGUGCUACAACAUCUGCAUGCUUUAGCCAAAGGACAAGAAUGGGUCAGAGGCCACAGCAAAGAGUACCUAACACAUUGGCUUGUUGGAACCUAGAAAGAAAGGUUCCAUCUGAUGACGGGCUUGGAAGAUUCAUGCCCCGAACUACUCAACUGCAGGAACGGAAGAGGAGAAGAGAUGAAGACAACAAACUUGCCCUUUUGGGAAGAGAGACUAAUGGUGAAGAAAUCAUUAUUGGUCCCAGGCUACCAGAAAUACCUAAAAUAGACAUGGGUGAUGAUUCACUGAACAACUCAGCAAACUUAAUUCGUAAUAGACUAAAGAAGGUGGGUGCUCCAGUUCAGACUUCAAGCUCACCUGAAGAAUUAUCAGUGAAAAAUCAAACAAAACCAGUAAUAAAGCAGAGGCGGCGAAUAUAAAUAUUUCUGCUUACAU